AUCUUUUGUCCUCAAAAUAUAUUUAUUUUCUUAGGCCCCCAAAAAUAAAAAAGGUGUCGCGGCCGACGCACACGGCGGAGCAGUUGGCUUUCCGGCGGAGUUCAAUGAGGAGUUCCGGCCGCGGCAUGGGCCGAGCGCCGCCGCAUCUUCUAGUGGUAAUGGCCAUUUUGGCCAUUUCAAAUAUGGUUUCCGGCGACCCGUAUGUUUACUCGUCGCCGCCACCACCUCCUUCGCCGGUUUAUGAAUAUAAAUCGCCGCCGCCGCCGCCGCAUUAUGAGUAUAAGUCACCGCCGCCGCCAUCACCGUCUCCACCACCACCCUAUGAGUACAAAUCGCCGCCGCCGCCGUCGCCAUCACCACCGCCUCCUUAUGUUUAUAGCUCACCUCCACCACCACCUUACAUAUAUAAAUCUCCACCACCACCGCCCUAUGUGUACAAAUCGCCGCCACCACCACCUUACGUAUAUAAAUCUCCACCACCACCACCCUAUGUAUACAAAUCGCCGCCACCACCACCACCUUACAUAUAUAAAUCGCCACCACCACCACCUUAUGUAUAUAAAUCUCCACCACCGCCACCCUAUGUAUACAAAUCGCCGCCACCACCACCACCUUACGUAUAUAAAUCUCCGCCACCACCACCUUACGUAUAUAAAUCUCCACCACCACCACCCUAUGUGUACAAGUCACCGCCACCACCACCACCUUAUAUAUAUAAAUCUCCACCACCACCACCCUAUGUGUACAAGUCACCACCACCACCACCACCUUAUGUGUAUAAAUCUCCACCACCACCUCCCUAUAUAUACAAAUCGCCGCCACCACCACCUUACAUAUACAAAUCUCCACCACCACCACCCUAUAUAUACAAAUCGCCGCCGCCGCCACCACCUUACAUAUAUAAAUCUCCACCACCACCACCACCCUAUAUAUACAAAUCGCCGCCCCCGCCACCACCUUACAUAUAUAAAUCUCCACCACCACCACCACCCUAUAUAUACAAAUCGCCGCCGCCACCACCCUAUCUGUACAAAUCGCCGCCGCCACCAUCUUACAUAUAUAAAUCUCCACCACCACCAUACUACUAUACAUCACCACCGCCGCCUGUAAAAUCUCCGGCACCUCAUUACUACUAUAAAUCUCCACCACCACCAGCAAAAUCUCCGCCACACCACUACUACUACACAUCUCCGCCGCCGCCGGUUCACUACUACCCUCCACACCCGCACCACCACCCCUUCGUCGUGAAAGUCACCGGAAAAGUGUAUUGCUACAAGUGCUACAAUUGGGAGCAUCCCGACAAGUCACACAACAAGAAACAUCUCAAAGGUGCCGUUGUCGAGGUCACGUGCAAGGCAGGUGACAAAGAAAUUAUUGUCUAUGGCAAGACAAAGAUCAACGGCAAAUACAGCGUGACCGUCGAAGGAUUCGACUACGGCAAGUACGGCGCAAAGGCUUGCAUCGCGAAGCUUCACGCAGCGCCGAAGGACUCAAAGUGCAGCAUUGCCUUAAAUGUUCAUGACGGGAAGGAUGGCGCUAAGGUUCGGGUUAAAUCCAAGACAGAGUACGAGGUUGUCCUUUAUGCUAAGCCAUUUGCCUAUGCCUCAAAGACCCCUUACCACGAGUGCGAGAAACCUAAGCCUACCCCGGCCCCAUACUACUACACAUCACCACCUCCCCCAUCCCCUGUAUACGUUUACAAAUCCCCACCACCACCCACCCCAACUUAUGUUUAUAAGUCACCCCCGCCACCCACCCCAACCUAUGUUUACAAAUCUCCGCCGCCACCAUCGCCACAUUAUGUAUAUAAAUCUCCGCCACCACCCACCCCAGCCUAUGUCUAUAAGUCUCCACCACCACCCUCGCCACAUUAUGUUUAUAAAUCUCCACCACCACCAACACCAGUAUAUGUAUAUAAAUCACCACCACCACCAUCUCCAGUAUAUGUAUACAAAUCUCCCCCACCACCUCCUUAUGUCUAUAAGUCGCCACCACCUCCUCCUUACAUUUAUAAAUCACCACCACCACCAGCCCCAACUUACGUCUAUAAGUCACCCCCACCACCCUCACCGACAUAUGUUUACAAAUCCCCGCCGCCACCUCCCUACAUUUACAAAUCUCCACCACCACCUCCCUACAAGUCUCCGCCGCCACCACCUUACAUUUACAAGUCUCCACCCCCUCCAUCGCCUGUUUAUAUUUACAAGUCUCCACCACCACCUCCCUACAUUUAUAAGUCUCCACCCCCUCCAUCGCCUGUCUAUAUUUACAAGUCCCCGCCGCCACCUCCUUACAUUUACAAGUCUCCACCGCCUCCAUCACCUGUUUAUAUUUACAAGUCUCCACCGCCACCUCCCUACAUUUAUAAGUCCCCGCCGCCACCUCCUUACAUUUACAAGUCUCCACCCCCUCCAUCGCCCGUCUAUAUUUACAAAUCUCCACCACCACCUCCCUACAUCUAUAAGUCUCCGCCACCACCAGUGAAAGCCGAACACCCACCGUACUAUUAUAAAUCUCCACCACCGCCAUCGCCCUUUCCUCCACCGCCUUACCACUAUACUUCCCCACCACCACCCUCACCUGAACCCCAUUACAUCUAUAAAUCUCCACCACCCCCGUACGUUUACACAUCACCUCCCCCACCACCAUACCACUACACCUCACCCCCUCCACCUGUAAAAUCACCUCCGCCACCCUACCAUUACACCUCUCCCCCACCACCCUCACCAUCUCCACCACCACCGUAUCACUACACAUCACCCCCGCCACCUUACCAUUACACCUCUCCCCCACCACCCUCACCAUCUCCGCCACCACCGUAUCACUACACAUCACCCCCUCCACCCGUAAAAUCACCUCCACCACCCUACCAUUACACCUCUCCCCCACCACCCUCACCAUCUCCACCACCGCCAUAUCAUUACACAUCACCUCCCCCACCAUCACCAUCUCCUCCACCACCCUACCAUUACAGCUCUCCCCCGCCACCCUCCCCCAAACCCCAUUACAUUUACAAAUCUCCCCCUCCCCCCUCCCCAUCUCCCCCACCUCCCUACCACUACACGUCACCUCCUCCACCCGUAAAAUCUCCCCCACCACCUUACCAUUACACCUCUCCCCCUCCCCCCUCCCCAUCUCCUCCACCCCCUUACCACUACAGUUCACCUCCUCCCCCCGUAAAGUCACCUCCCCCACCAGUAUACAUCUACACCUCUCCCCCACCUCCAACUCAUUAUUAAAUUCAAGUAGCGCAACACACAUACUUGGGAAACACUCGUUAUCAAGCCUCAAUCAUCAAAUAAAAAGGGGCUUCCCAGGUAUAUGGUUCAAGCAUCGAGUGUCUAGGACAAUUAUUAUUUUCAAUAAGGUCCUCCGAGCAUCACAGAGAUUCAUCUUUCGCAUCCUGGACCAAUUUGUACCUACUUAUUCAGUUGUUAUCAUGCAUGUUCUUCUUAUUAUAUCUUCGAGCUGGCAAGCAUCAUUGAUGCUUGCAAAAAAACAAAAAAGAUAGUUGUUUGAGAUCAUCCAUCUUGAAUAUUUUGAUUCA